CUAGCCGGCCAGCUACCAAAUCGAAGAAUCGUAAGAUGAGGCUCUGCAAAAGCUCAUCCAUGCUUCCAGCGUUCAGGAAAACAUUGUGGCCCUUGAUUGAAGCACGCCAUCUUAAGCUAGAGAUGUGGCAGAGCUUUGCGGCUGGUCAAUUGGCUCAAGAAAAAGCGGAGGCAUCACUAGCUCCCUCAAUCUUCUUCAACGGUGCUUCGGUGUUGAAGUUGGAUACUCUUUCUGGAGCGGAGCUAGCUGGUAAAUAAGCAUACGCAAACUGAUACCUCUCUCUUUUCAGUCGCUAAUUUGACUUAAUUCAGCUCUCAACUUCUGAGAUCUGUCGGCACCUCCUUAGUUUUGUUGCUGUCAAAAGCUGCCAAAGGCUUGGAUACUUCCUGUCUUCUACAACCUCUUGCAGAAGCCUUCACAUUCUGUCCUUGGCAAAGCCUAAGCUACCAACGCGCAAAUUCUGAUCAGUAAUCUGCAUCAGGUUGACAUUAAUCUACUGCAUGAAAGCAUUUGACGGAAGCAGCUGCCGGGCCUGAUGCCAGCAACUUUUCUUUGAUGGAGAGAGGGAUUACAGGUGACGACAUCCCAAGCGUGUGACUUCCUCCCUACAAAGGUGUGAAAACUCUCAGGCGGCAUGGCAAGCGGGGGUCUGGCACGGGGCUUCCUUCUCAAGGGCGGGCGGCAGGGCGUAUUCACAGCAGGGAGCAGCAAGCUGUCACAGGCUGCCCCUCGGACGUCCGACGUAACUGACGAGAACGAGAAAGCGUCCGAAGCUGAGUCGCUUCCCAUCCAAGGCGGCCAGCCUUUUCGCUCUGGUGUGAAUGCGCCCGGAGCAGGAGCGAAAAUGCAGGCGGCCGGCGGGUUUCAUACACCAGGAGUGCAACCAGGUGUGAAUACGCCCGGGGCAGGUAGGGUAACUACGCCACAGGGAGGGGGUGAUUAUAGAUUCGGGACGGGGGGUGAGCGUAGACUCCAGGGAAGCGGGCUAGUGGAAGAAUCUGGUGUGAAAGCGGUUGACGGGGAUCUCAAAGUAACAAGUUCCGUAUUGAAGGCAGGAACGAGUGCGCAAUCUGGGCGUGCCAAUCCACCUGCGAAAGCUGACUCUCCGGGAACAAAAAGUGAAGUUGCAUUUCAAGGUCUGGCGAACGCAAGAGCGCAAGGGCUCCCAGAUCCGAAGCUGGGUGUGAAGCUUAAGAGUGAGGAUCCAGCGAAGGCAGCUGGAUUGAAACAAGCGGUUGGAAACGAGGGGACCGCCUCUCGCCGUCCGUCAGUCCGGGAAGCAACAAGGUGGAGAUCGGAGAAAGCGACUCUCAGACGAGAGACUCCUGUUAGAAGCACGUCCCUCCGAGAAGAGGGGCUUUCGGAAAAGUCCCCUCACGUCGACACAACUACCGGUACGGAAACGGUUGCUGGGGAAACGAAAGCCGGAGUUGGUGCGAGCGCGGCCGGAGGCGCGAAACCGCACACCGCAGAAGUGCCUACAAACGGUGGGAAUUCUCACCAAGUCGUAUGGUCUACAGCGCAACCGGGGGCGGGUGUUCUCGGUGGGAGCACAGUCUGCGAGAUCGAGGAGGUGGUCGAAUCGAGCGAGACGCAAAGCGGGGCGGAAACGGGGUUAAGGCAGCAAACCAGCCCUCGGCAAAAGACGCAAACCGGGUUAGGUCCGGAGGUUAGUCCCACAGUAGCCCCGGAUCUUUUACAGGGGGGAACAGCUGAAACCGGGGGGUCCGAUCGCCUGCGGUCAGGAGUCCCCUUCCGUGCCGCUUCCUUCCGCCGGAUGUCCCAACAAAACCCCCCUCCUAAAACUCAGCCAAAGCUGCCCCCUGAAAUGGUUUCGUUCCUGCUCGGCCCCUCCCCGGCGUUCUCUACCGGGUUGCAAACGACGAAAACCCCCCAGUCCAACCCCUUCGACCAAACACUCCCCGGAUGGUCGGCUGAGCUCAGCCUGGCGUCAGCGGUGGCUCGUGAUGACGUGGCAACCCGGUUUCUCAACCUCCCAGCAGCGGCGCUUCAGAGCGUGUUCUCAACGCUGCCGGCAACGGCGAUCGUCAAUUGCCAGGCGGUUUCCAAGACGUGGCGCGCCCGUUUUUCGGACGAUCCGAAGCUGUGGGCGUCCGUAGACCUGUCUUCGGAUGACCGGCUGAGAAAUGCCGCUACGGACGAUCUCCUUUUGGAGCUGCUGGGCCGGAGCCGGGACCGCUGGGGGACGUCAUACCUGACGUCAGUCGACGUCACCGGCUGUAAGAACGUGACGUCAGCGGGUGUCAUGAGCGUGAUGAAACAUCGAGCCAGCCUUCGCCGCUUGCGAGCCCACGCCAGCGGCGCACAACUACCGACCUACUUCGCUCGUUGGUUAGCGGAAACCGGAGUGGACGCCCACGUCGACGUGCAUACGGCGCAGCCGACGCCGAGCGUCGGGUUUUGCAACGUGGCCUCCACCAACGCCACGUGGCAGGAUCUCGUCCAAAUGCUGGCAGGUAUGACACGUGUCCAGAUCUGCGGCCUCGACCUCCGCCCGACACCCGUGCCCCUGCCGUCCGAUCCCGCCAUCCCCUUCUUACACGCGCUCUUCGCCGCCCCAAACCUCCAAACCCUGCGCGUCGGCUCCGCGUUCGGCGACCGCGAACUGCUGCGCGACAUCGGAAUCAUUCUUGGCGAGCGCGUCAAGAGCGGCGCGAAGGGUUUGGAGGUUUUGGAGUUGGAAGGACUGAGAGGGAAGAUGGUCGAAGGAACUUGGGAGGCGGUCUUUGGGCUGCUCGGAGGAGACGACUGUCGGAUCAAACGACUGAGCAUCAACGGCUGCAACCUCGGCCGCGAGGGCGCCGCUGCAAUGUCCGCAGCUCUGUCCGACAACGCGUCCGUAACGGAGCUCGAGGUUUCGGACUGCGGCUUUGACACUCAGGGAUGGCGGUGGCUCGCCGAGGCCUUGCAGAAGAACUCCAGUGUCAAGAAGCUCACUCUGGGCGGGUGGGGCUGGAAGGAAGCCAAAGCGGAAACGGGGCCUCUUGGGGGCCCUACCGUGCUUCUCUCCGAUGACGACGGGAUUGGUUACAUCGGCGCCGCAAUCGCGGGUAGCGCCUCUCUCAAAGAACUGCGCCUCCUUGCCUGGUGCGGCCCGUGCGUUCUGGACUCAACCGGGCGCGUCAUUGACUUCAGCCCCGGCUUCGCAACGUUUCUAAUUGAGCUCAGCUCCCUCGACCCGAGCGUCUCUCGGUUGAAGAGCGUUACCGUCGAGUUUGACGAAAUGUGUGUGGAGGAUAGGGGGCGUGCCGGGGCGGCGAGAAUUGCGGCAAUGAUUGGGGGAGUGGUCGGGAAGAAAGGGGUUCGAGUAACUAUGGUAUUGGGCGCUAGGGAAGAUGGGAGAGGAUUGAGUGAUUGCAUGAGAAAAGCUUUCGAGGGUGUGCGAAUGAGGCCCAGCACUUACAACGGAUUCCAGGCACAAAGCGGGGCAUUAUUUACUUGGUCAUGAAGGGGGUGAAGUUGACUGGUCACGUCAUCAAGGUUGCACGAAUAAUGUACAUAGUGCGAACUAGCUAGCAAAUUGGGAUUCCUUCCUCGUUAAACAAGCCUUCUACUGAGUACACGAUCGAAUCCGGGUAAGCUUUUCAUAGCCUCGUGGAUGCAGCUUCUCCAACUUACUGUGUGCCCGAGUUGCCCUAGCCUUAAGUUGCAAAGCACAUGCAUGAGGUACCAAAGACGCAUGGAAAUGAAACUCAAUUGAAGCGCAAUCGUGCGACC